AUGGCUGAACUGGACAUUGGAAAACAUUGUGAGAUCAAGUCUUGUCACCAGAAAGAUUUUCUGCCUUUCGUGUGUGACGCCUGUGCCGGAGUAUUUUGCCUUGAGCACAGGAGCCGGGACGCUCACUCCUGUCCGGAGGUCCCUGUGCAGAGGGAGAUCCCUGUCACAGGGGAAAGCACACUGCACCAGUGCACUUUUGAGGACUGUAAAGGAAAGGAGUUAUUGCCAGUGAUUUGCCCUCAUUGUCAGAAACACUUUUGCCUCGCGCAUCGACAUCAGGAUGACCACAAGUGUGAGAAGCUCGAAAUUGCCAAGCCUCGAAUGGCUGCCACACAAGAGCUGGUGCAGAAGAUCGUGGAGUCAAAGAAAAAUGCACCCGUGAGCAGAGGCAGAAAAGGAGCGAAGAACAGUGCAACUGCUGCUAAGGUUGCGCUAAUGAAGCUAAAGCUACAUGCCUCAGGAGACAAGGGACUUCCACAGACGGAGCGGACGUAUUUCCAGGUGUUUCUGCCCAAAGAGUCCAAAGACUCCAGCCUCCCCAUGUUCUUCUGCUCCAAAUGGUCGGUGGGGAAGGUUGUGGACUUUGCUGCCUCUCAGGCCGGGCUGAAGAACAACAAUAACGUCCUCACAGCAAAGAAGCUGCGUUUAUGUCACCCUGAGACCGGCCAAGCUUUGAAGAUGGACGCCUGCUUGCAGUCUCUGCUCUCCCUGCAAGAUUCGCCCCUCCACAACGGGGGCAACGUCAUACUGGAGUACCUGGAUAACGACAGCACGGGGCUGGAAGAUGUCUCCGCCUACAUCCCUCCCUCCUGACCCACCUCUACAAGGACAGUUCCCCCUGUUCUAGCGCUGAUCUGGGAUCAGCCGUCCUGUUCUCCAUAUCUGAUCUUCAGCACGGAGAGAUCAAGCGGCUGAAGUGAUCCUGUGUGUCUACUUAUUAUGAAAUGUUUUAAUGGACAGGAGAUGAAUGGCCAAGAAGAGUCUCGUGCAGCUCGGAGACUAAACCGUGAAAGAGAGAACAUUCUAUUGGCUCCAAUAUAUGGUCAAGUAAACUACCUGUGACAUCACUGUUCUCUCUCUCUCACUGUCUGCUGGGAGUUGAAGUCCAGAAUUCUAAACAAAUGUGUAAAUUAGUGAAAAAAAACCCAAAACAAAACAAAAAAGAAGGCAAUGCUCCUAUGUUCCUGAGUACGACCCUGACAGUGAAUGGAUUAGUGUGUCUGUGUCUGGAUCAUAUGAGAGAAUACGAGUGCUCAUCUUCUCACAGUCAUUUUAUUUAUCUGAGGUGUA